AUGGUGAUCAUAUCGACCAUUUCUUCAAGCUUGUCUCGGCCGUCCUUGCUAGCUCUGUCAAGGCAAUGCACCGCUAUCCGUCAACCUCUUUCGUCGGCAAGAUAUGUUUCUUCCAAUGUGCGGUCCAGUCGGCAGAGACAUCAUCCUCUAGGGUACUUCCUGCUAGGACUCGGAGUCGCAGUGAGCGGCUUGGUCCUUGCACCGUCUAUAGGCAUUGAUUUACUCCGGAAAACAGCAGAAGACACUACUCCCAGGUGGAGGGAAAGUGACAGAUCACCCAUUCCGGCUGCCGUCAAUGAGAUACGUCAACUACUUGGGAAAGACAUCGUGAGCGUAGACUCGGAUGACCUCGAAGAACAUGGCUACUCAGAGUGGUCCACGUCAAAUACCGAUGUACGACCAGUGGCAAUUGUCCGACCACAGACGACUGAACAAGUCUCGAGUAUUGCACGUAUCUGCACCAAGUACAAAGUCCCGAUGAUUCCAUACGGGGCUGGAUCCAGCGUUGAAGGCAAUUUUAGCUCCCCUCAUUCCGGAGUAUGUCUCGACCUGUCUGGCAUGGAUAGAAUCGUGGCGUUUCACCCUGAGGAUAUGGAUAUCGUGGUCCAGGCUGGUGUCAAUUGGACGAAUAUGAAUGAAGAGAUCAAGGAUACUGGACUCUUCUUGCCGCUUGAUCCUAGCCCGACUGCAUUGAUCGGUGGCAUGAUAGCUACUAACUGCAGUGGUACCAAUGCUAUGAGAUAUGGAACUAUGAAGGAUUAUGUUAUUAACCUUACAGUAGUGCUCUCAGAUGGAUCGGUUAUCAAAACUCGCCACCGACCUCGGAAAACUUCAGCUGGCUAUAAUCUCACAGCUCUCUUUACUGGAUCUGAGGGGACAUUAGGUAUAAUCACUGAAGCGACGCUGAAGCUAGCCAUAAUUCCGGAGAAGUUUUCUGUCGCAACAGCUACCUUCUCGACAGUCAAAGAGGCGGCGGAUGCGGCCUUUAAGAUGAUGCGACGUGGAGUGCCUCUCGCUGCCCUGGAAAUGAUGGAUGAUGUGCAGAUGAAGGUCAUUAACCAGAGCGGCGGAGCAGGUGGAAGAGUAUGGGAUGAAUAUCCUACCCUUUUCCUAAAAUUCUCAGGCUCUCAGAACGCAGUUCAAGACAGCAUCAACUUGACUAAGGAGAUCGCAAAGUUCAGCAGCUGUCGUUCUUUCGAAUUUGCCAAAACGGAGGAUGAGAUGCAAUCGCUUUGGUCUGCCAGAAAACAAGCUUUGUGGGCAAACCUUGCCGUCCGACCAGAGGGUACUCAGAUUUGGUCCACAGAUGUUGCCGUACCUCUGUCUCGAAUGGCCGAGCUAAUCGAAAUCUCGAAGCAAAGGGCCAGCCAACUUGGACUCUUCAACAGUGUUAUGGGACAUGUUGGUGAUGGCAACUUCCAUCAGGUUGUUAUGUACAACCCAGAUGAUAAGCAGGAACGUCAAGCUGUGUCUGAUUGUGUGGAUGGGAUGAUGGCGAGAGCACUGGAGAUGGAGGGCACAGUAUCAGGAGAGCAUGGGAUCGGAUUGGGCAAGAAGCAUUGCCUACAGAAAGAGCUCGGUCCUGCAACUAUCGGCAUUAUGAAAGCUAUCAAAGACACCCUUGAUCCCCAUUGGCUAUUGAACCCGGGUAAGGUAUUCGAUCCAUGA